AGUGUGUUGACAUGGUGACAGAGGUCAGAGGGUUCAAUGACCCUCAGAAGGAGGAGUACUUCAGGAAGAGAUUCAGAGAUAAGGAACAGGCCAGCAGGAUCAUCUCCCACAUAAAGACAUCACGAAGCCUCCACAUCAUGUGCCACAUCCCAGUCUUCUGCUGGAUCACUGCUACAGUUCUGGAGGAUGUGUUGGAGACCAGAGAGGGAGGAGAGCUGCCCAGAACCCUGACUGAGAUGUCCAUCCACUUCCUGGUGGUUCAGACCAAAGUGAAGAAGGUCAAGUAUGAUGGAGGAGCUGAAACAGAUCCACACUGGAGUCCAGAGAGCAGGAAGAUGAUUGAGUCUCUGGGAAAACUGGCUUUUGAUCAGCUGCAGAAAGGAAACCUGAUCUUCUAUGAAUCAGACCUGACAGAGUGUGGCAUCGAUAUCAGAGCAGCCUCAGUGUACUCAGGAGUGUUCACACAGAUCUUUAAAGAGGAGAGAGGUCUGUACCAGGACAGGGUGUUCUGCUUCGUCCAUCUGAGUGUUCAGGAGUUUCUGGCUGCUCUUCAUGUUCAUCUGACCUUCAUAAACUCUGGUGUCAACCUGAUGGAAGAAACACAAAGAUCUAAGAAAUCUUCAUUAUUUAAUAAACCUAAACUAAAGUCUCUCCAUCAGAGAGCUGUUGACCAGGCCUUACAGAGUCCAAAUGGACACCUGGACUUGUUCCUCCGGUUCCUCCUGGGACUUUCACUGCAGACCAAUCAGAGACUCCUACAAGGUCUGCUGACAAAGACAGGAAGUAGCUCACAGACCAAUCAGGAAACAGUUCAGUACAUCAAGAAGAAGAUCAAUAAGAACGUGUCUGCAGAGAAAAGCAUCAAUCUGUUCCACUGUCUGAAUGAACUGAAUGAUCGUUCUCUAGUGGAGGAGAUCCAACAGUCUCUGAGUUCAGGAAGUCUCUCCACAGAUAAAACUGUCUCCUGCUCAGUGGUCAGCUCUGGGUUUCAUCUUAGUGUCAUCAGAAAAAGAUCUUGAUGUGUUUGACCUGAAGAAAUACUCUGCUUCAGAGAAGGUUCUUCUGAGGCUGCUGCCAGUGGUUAAAGCCUCCAACAAAGCUCUACUGAGUGGCUGUAACCUCUCAGAGAGAAGCUGUGAAGCUCUGUCCUCAGUUCUCAGCUCCCAGUCCUCCAGUCUCAGAGAACUGGACCUGAGUAACAACAACUGCAGGAUUCAGGAGUGAAGCUUCUCUCUGCUGGACUGAAGAGUCCAAACUGCAACCUGGAAGCUCUCAGCUUAUCAGGCUGUUUGGUCUCAGAGGAAGGCUGUGCUUCUCUGGCCUCAGCUCUGACCUCCAACCCCUCCCAUCUGAAAGAGUGGACCUGAGCUACAAUCAUCCAGGAGACUCAGGAGUGAAGCUGCUGUCGCUGGACUGAAGGAUCCACACUGGAGACUGGAAGCUCUCAGGGUGGAGCCUGCUGGAGGCCAAUUCUUGACUCCAGGUCUGAGGAAAUAUUCCUGUCAACUCACCAUCGACACAAACACAGUGAACAGAAACCUCAAACUGUCUGAAGACAACAGGAAGGUGACACAUGUGGAGGAGCUUCAGUCAUAUCCUGAUCAUCCAGACAGAUUUGGUUACUGGCCUCAGCUGCUGUGUAGAACUGGACUGACUGGUCGCUGUUACUGGGAGGUCGAGUGGAGAGGAAAAGUUUAUAUAUCAGUGAGUUACAGAAGAAUCAGGAGGAAAGGAAACAGUAGAGACUGUUUGUUUGGAUGGAAUGAUCAUUCCUGGAGGCUGAGAUGCUCUGAUGAUGGUUACUCUGUCAGUCACAAUAAAAGAAAAACUCGUCUCUCCUCCUCCUCUGUCUCUCACAGAGUAGCAGUGUAUGUGGACUGUCCUGCUGGCAUUCUGUCCUUCUACAGAGUCUCCUCUGACUCACUGAUCCUCCUCCACACCUUCAACACCACAUUCACUGAACCUCUGAUUCCUGGAUUUAGAUUCUGGUCCAGUUCUGGUUCCUCAGUGUUUCUGAGCUGAUUUGAGUCUAAAGAGUCUAAAGUUUUUCCUCCUGUCAGAGAAACUCUCUCACUGUUGAACAGAUAGUUCAGUCUCUACAUAUUUUCAUGGAUCUAAACUGUUUCUUCGUUAAACUUUUCUAAACAACCCUGGGAAUAUUCCAGGAUUAUUCCAGGAUUAUAACUGGAUCAUCAUGUUAUUUUUUCUGUUUCCAGUCAAAGAUUCACAAUUAAUCUCAGGAUGUUUUGUUUCUCUCUUUUUUUUCCUUUCAUUUAUCAUCAGAUUCUUUGAAUUUACUGCAGUUUUUCUCAAUUACUGGAUAUUUAUUGUUUCUGUUAUCUCCUAUAUUAUUAAAUUCAUCUUGGAUUAAAAUUUUUUAUAUAUAUAUUUACUGCAGUUCUACUUCGUAUGUUUUAUUGAACAAUAAAUACAUUUUCUUCAUUUGCUGCUGUUGGAGAAAUUGUGAUAUUAUUAAUCAAUUAUUUGUUAUUCUCAUUGAUCUUUAUAAUGUAUCUUUAUUUUAUGCUUUCCUUUAAGUUAAUCUCAUUAUAGAAUUAAGAAUGUCUCUUGUAUUGUUGAUUUACUCUGAUUCCUUUCUCAGAAGGCCUCACUGACAGAGCAAAAACAAAAUCUUCCUGCAGGUUUACCUCUUGGUGAAGAGCUCUGCUUCGGUUGAGUUGCUGGCCUCUAAUAAAACUAUCAUUGCUAAGA